AUGGCAGAAUCCAACAUUGAGACCAAAACCCUCGAGGCCAAGUGUCUCUGUGGCUCCGUCCACUUCACUGUUGACGUUCCUACGGCAUCUCUUCCUCUCUCUCUCUAUCUCUGUCAUUGCAGCCUCUGCCGUUUCACCACUGGGGCGCCAUGCAUCUUUCACGCCUCGUUGGGAGAAGGAAUCAAACCCAAAUUCAUAGCGCCUUCAAGUGAGAAGAGCCUAACUACAUAUUCCAUCAAGGGAGCCGAUUGCACUUAUGACUUCUGCUCGACUUGCGGAUGUCAUGUUGCAGGUGUUGCACUUGAUAGGGGGGAGUGGACGGUCGCCACGUCAAUCUUCACAGACCAUGGGCCAGACAACUUCAAGCUCACCAGCCAUACAUUUAGUGAAUCGGCCAAGGAUAAAGGCCUUGCGCAAAUCCUGACGCACGUGGGCGACCAAAAGUUGCCAGAUUGGAAUCCUCCAAAAGACGAUCCUCGAGCCAAGAUUGUUGAAGCAGAGCCGGAAGUGGGCGAGGACGGACAAGAUCGCCUCCGAGCUGAGUGUCACUGCGGAGGCGUGUCUUUCACAAUCCGACGUCCUACACAAGAGAUUCUUGAUCAUGAGAUUGUCCGCGGCUGCGUUUCUCCCGUCGAUCCAACCAAAUGGAUAGCCUCAUUUGACAUGUGCAGCGACUGCCGCCUCUCAAACGGAACGCAUCUCGUCGGAUGGGCGUUUCUCCCUCUCAACUACUGCGAGCCAGAGAUCAAGAGUGAUCUCAAGUUUGGAACCGCAAAGGUCUAUGCCUCGUCGCCGGGUGUCCAGCGAUGCUUCUGCGGUACUUGCGGUGCAACCAUCUUUUACGCAAACGACCCGCGUAAGCUGCAAGGCCCAGGGAACUGGCAGAUUGUCGACCUUGCAACGGGCAUCCUUCGAGCCCCGGAGGGAGCGAUGGCCCAGAACUGGCUAACCUGGAGGUCGAAUUUGGCUUGGACGGAUAGUGGCAAAAGGUUUGAUGCGGCGUUUACCGGUGGGUUGGAGGAGGGGAUGAAGGGAUAUGUUGUUAAGGCGAGUGGGAAAGACGUGAGCGUCUCAAUUGACUUCUAA